UUGUGUUAUGGAAUAGAGGGCGCUGGAAACUUUACUUCUCUUUCUAUUUGUGCAAAACACGCAAAGCUCUGUAAAAUGGCGAAACGUACGAAGAAGGUAGGAAUCACUGGUAAAUACGGUACCCGAUAUGGUGCUUCCCUACGUAAAAUGGUUAAAAAAAUGGAGAUUACUCAACAUAGUAAAUAUUCCUGCAGUUUCUGUGGAAAGGAUGCCAUGAAGAGAAGUUGCGUGGGAAUCUGGGCAUGCAAGCGUUGCAAAAGGGUCGUAGCUGGUGGAGCCUGGGUUUACUCCACAACAGCAGCUGCCUCAGUAAGGUCAGCUGUCAGACGUCUAAGGGAAGUUAAAGAACAAUAAUUUUAUAACUUAACAAAAUAAAACGAAAAUCCCAAAAA